UUACUUUCCAAAUUAAUUGAGAAACCCUAACCCUAGCUUCCCUCACCAUAGCCGCACCCCACCCCCCUUCCAACCUUCCUUCAGCGUAAUAUUCAGUGACAAAAUAGAGAGCACAGGGAGAGAGGGAGCUGCGUCCUGCUGCUGAUCCGCCACCGAACUCGCUGACCAGCCGCCGUCGCGUCGCUGCCCAACCGCCAUGGAGUUGCUACCCAGCUGCCGUCUAGCUCACUGCCUUGCUGCCAUCGAAGCUCUGCCGCCACCGCUACCAAGUCGCCAUCGUGCUUCAUCGUAGCCGCUGCUAGGUCUUGUCACCAUCUUCGUAGCCAUUGCUGCCACACGCAGAAGGGAGAGCAAAGGGAAGAGACGUGACCGGCCAAGAGAGAGGGGGAGUAAACGGACGCAUUGGUGGGUGUUUCUGUUCGCCGCCGCCGCCGUUGAUGGAAGUCGCUGCCGUCGCCAUCCUCGCGAGCUGCCACCGCGUCGCCGUUACUGAGCUGCAGCGCUGCUGUUGUCGCACUCUGCUGCUGCCGCGUCUCACCAAGCCGCUGCUGGAGGAGGAGGGCUCGCAAGUUCUGCCUCUGCUUCGGGUUUAUGGAAUCUGACGAGAAUGCACUGCCGCCAUUGAGCUAUCGGUGGUUCUGGCCGUUGGAGAACCACCGAUGGAGCUCGCUGGAACUGCUCGGAGGUUUCCGUUACUCGUUCUGAUUCUGCCCUGUUUUGGGAAUGUUGCUGCUGCCACUGGAAUCACGAACCGAAAAGGAGAGGAGGCCAUUUUCCCUUGUCGCUUUUGCUGCCAUGGAAACUGGUGCUGGAAAUUGCUAACAGAGCUAUUGUGUGUGAUGAUUUCCGCGAGUUUCGACUUUGAGUGGCAGAGGGGUUAUUUCCUGUAUGCAGAAGGUGUGUCGGCAUACAAUCUUGCAGUGGCAGAUGUGUUAUUUUCUGCGUACAGUGGUCCCUGUGGUAGCAGAGGGGUUAUUUCCUAUACACAGGGGUAUAGCCAACAGGAAAGCCAUAUCCGGCUAGUAAUGCUGGGUUAUGUCGGGAGCGGGUAGAAACCGACAGAUGAGCUCAUUACCUGCACUAAGGCUAGACAUGCAUCAUCCUUGUUUGUGCAUUUGCAUUUGAUUGGGCUUGCUCGUUGUACUUCACUGUGAUUGUGCUGUGAUUGUGCUGUUUGCCUUGCUGUGACUUGUUUGUAUGUUGAAUUGAAUCUCUUGUUAGUGCUAUUGGUUGAUGAAUAUAUGAAGGUGAUUGAGAAUUGACGUUUUGAUUGAGAACUAAUUAUGUGACUGAUAGAUGGUUAAUGUGACUAGUUUUGAGUUUAGAGAUUUUGAAGGAGGUAAUUAAUUAGUUAAAGUAAAACCAAAAGUAUUUCCAAAAAAAUUUGAUAAAAAUAUAGUUUCCUUGAGUAUGUUAAUUUUUUGCAUAUUAAUCAAUAUUUUUACGGCAUUUCCAUUCCUUACUGAGAACUUGUGGUUUGUUUUCACCCCAAAAUCUUCC